CAGUUGAUCACUGGUUAAAACCCAGUUCUUCCAUUAGAACUAGCGUUACCAACAUGGCAGACUCUUCCAUUCCGAGAAGUCAAGGACCGCGCGCAGCUCCUAGCAAUACGCGCAAUGCAACUAGACCUUCGAGACCAAUUCACUAAAGACGCCGUCACCCGCACCAAUCGAUUACGGCAGUCUAAGAAAGACUACUGGGAUGACACUAAGGAAGUGCGCAGUGAGGAUCUACGAAAAGGCGAUCUGGUGCUUCUUUGGAAUUCUAUUCGUGAGAUAGACAUGUCUAGAGACAGGAAGCUCGACACUAGAUGGAUGGGCCCGUAUCGCGUACGCCUCCCAAGGCCAGAACGAGGCACAUUCCAUCUAGAGGAUCUUGAUGGUACACCAUUUCCACACACUAUCCCCGGGAAUAGGUUGAAGCUGUUUCGACAACGAACGGUUGAGGACAUCGCAGAACAAGACCGCGGUCGUAUGAAGCUUUGGAACCCAGAGAACUGGGAGAACAGCAAUGUCUCUGCCGACGCGCCGGCUGGUUCAGUUGCGGAUGAAGAAGAUAAUAAUCAAAGCCCCACAACUCGUCCACACCUCAAGGAAGGGGAGGCGAGCAACACGCCGCGCCUCAUUAGCCAACCCAGAGUAGUUAUCACCAAGCGACUCACUGAAGAUGAACGAAGAGCAUACAGACUAGACUUUGCUCCCUCCUCCGAUUCUGACUCAUCCUCAGUUUCCGAAGGGGAAAUCUCCUAGGCCAAGGGACGGCCACUACUCGAGGAAGGGGAGGGAGGGCCUAUAGGCUCUCUCGUCCAAAAGCCUCUUCUCACAAUGCAUGCUCAACUUUCACCAUGCAUUUAAAGCUUGUUUCAGGAUUGCCAAUUCAAACCAGACGUAUUUAAGCUGCCACCGACUUACGACACUCAGCGUCGUCUAAGGCCGUCGCCCCAGCUAACCCAGAGAGCAACCACCAUCAUCAAAAAUACACCUUACCUUCGUCUUCUUCUCUUUCCUUUC